AUGAUGGAUGAUAUUGUGAAAGUAAUCAAAAAAGUUUAAGUUGUUCAAUUUCAGCAAGCUCUCUCUGAUAGCGUGAGAGCUGUAAAUACAAGCAGCAGUAUUGACGACUGAGGUUGCGGCCAUCGCCAGACUGGAGACCCUGCAGCACAAGCAGGUCCUCAUGUCUUGCGCGGAACAACAGUGGACUGGAAGAGCGACAACGAUUGUGCUUUGCACUUCCUAGUUGGGGCAACACAUGCAAGCGCCAGCUUCGAGGAGGCAGGCAACAUCAAUCAGCAGGCGGCAAGCAGGUGACCACCGGUGGCAGGCGACAAGUAGCAGCGUGCGACACGCCGCGCCCUACGGUGGGAGCCAUGGGCAGGGAUGCGCUUCUUUCCCAGAAGGCGGCUGGCCGUAGGGGCAAGGGGAAGCCACCAACCUCCAGGGAGCGUAACGGUAUGGGAGCGUGAACCUUUUGUAGGGUAAGAAUCAGGAGGAUGUGAAGACAGGGAAAAGGGGAGGGGCACUGCCCGACUGGGAGUUGGUUGGUUUGAAGCGGCUGUGUUGAGGAUGGUAGGAAGCUAGGCUGAGUUAUAUGUCGGAGCAGAGGAUGAAAGGGAGCAGUUGGUUUCAGGGAACUAGCCAGGCUUAGCUAUGGAUGGACAGGCAUGGGAGCCAUGGCUAGGAGAGAAUCCGGGCUAGGUUCAAACAAGCAGGAGGAAAACCAAAAGGCCAAAGGCUAGGGGGACAGAAUAAUGCAGGGUGCAGCAGACGGAACUGGUAGAUACGUUGGGCCAACAAUGAGGAGAGAGGGAAGUCACAGCUUGGAGAAUGGACAUGCAGCAUUUUUCUGAGGGCGAGGAUACCUCUGGAGGCUCUUGGGGGCAUUGUGAGCUAGCGAGGAGGACAGGGAGAGCUGGGGGAAAGGGGGUGGUGGGGGUGGGGGUGGGGGUGGAGGGGGUGGCUGGACCACAAAGAAAAGAGUGACAGUAUGAGAAGGUUGUUAGAGGAGGGGGGGGGAUGGAGUGGAUGGUUGGAGCACAAAGGAAAGAGUGCGAUAUAGACUAUUGCAGCUGAGAUGGGCAACAGGAAAGGAGGAGAAGGUCGUUAGUGGGAAGAGCAGGGAGUGAUUAUCGAGGGCAUAAGACGGGCCAGGGGAAGAAGUGGAAAGGGGCCGAGUCGUCUCUCAUAGAAAUGUGUGAAUGGCACAUUCAUGUUCUCCUGCACUUGGGAGGUCUUCUGGCGAAGAGCGGCAGAACACUGAGUUCUGGCUUUUUAUCAUAUUGUGGAAGUCCUGCAUGGUUUCCAGCGCUUACCGGCAUCAUCCUAUCAGCUGCAGAGUUCCAGUACAGCUUUUUGUGUGGAUCUUUUUUUUGCCGAGCGGCGGAUCGGAGGCUCCCGCGAAGAUCCACAGAACUGCUGUCUCUGCGCCGGAAUUCUUCAUAGCUUUAGCCUGCAUUGGAUUUUGCCUGCGUAGGCGUUCGAUAUGGUUUCACUCUCUGUGCCUACUGGCAUCAUCCUAUGGGCUGCGGAGUUCUAUAUAUCUAGCUUCACUGUCUCUGCCCAGGAGUUCUUCAUCGCUUCAGCCUUCACUGGUGUUGGCCUGCGUAGGUGUUCUAUAUGGUGGCACCCUCUCUGCCUACUGACAUCAUCCUAUGGGCUGCGAUGUUCUAUGUAGUUUCACUAUCUCUGCCCAGGAGUUCUUCAUAGCUUCAUCCCUCACUGGUGUUGGCCUGCGUCGGAGUUCGAUAUGGUUUCACUCUCUCUGCCCAGGAGUUCUUCAUAGCUUCAGCCCUCACUGGUGUUCGCCUGCGUAGGAGUUCUAUAUGGUUCGACUCUCUCUGCCCAGGUUGUUCUUCAUGGUUUCAGCCUUCCCUGCCGUUGGCAGAGUUUGAUGCAUGCACGGAAUAGUGUUGACGAAUGGACUUUUGGAUUCACAACCUAAUUCUGUGGAUAAGAAUGCUUGGGUGAUUUGUGCAAUGCUUGGUUGAUUUUUGUGCACUCUGUAAUCGUUUUCCGAGUUGUAGGUGUAUGAUUGUAGCAAAGACAUUAUAUCGGCGGCAAAGAGAUAUUUUAUCAAUUUGUCCGGGCGCUCUUGUGGCCACUGGCCAUUGCAUGUA